GCCUGUCACACCAGGCCCUCCGGACUACUCCUGAAGUCUCGGCCUACGAUGCAGAUUCACAUCGGGCACCGGAAGUUGACCGAGGUGCUUGCAAGGGCCCUGAGAACAAAUCGCCGAACCGGACGGGAUGAUGAUGAUGAUGACAAUGAUGUAUCAACCGCUCCCCCCCCAAGAAAUCACCGGCGCCAAAUCAACCCCCGUUUCGUGAUCGGGCCGGCGGCGUAUUAAGUGGAGGACGCGCCGAGCCGCCGAGCAACACAGCCCUUCCCAAGACUCUCGACUCACAGACACCAAAAACGGAAAACCCCCUAAGGGCGAGAUGGACGACGGAAAAGCGAUUGCCUCGGAGAUUUCCCUUUUUUAUUCCCCUUCGCCUGCUGUCGGCGGCACGACGGUGAAACAUGACAGGCUCGACGAUGCGGACGAUGUCCGAGGCGGGAAAAAGCAUCGUCCCUCUUCCCCCCCCCCCACGCAACACAGCGAAGAGAGCUCCCAACUCAAUUCCCAAGGUCUCGGAACAUGCCCGAGUGGGGGGUGGGAGUUCCUCUGUCUAUCUCUCUCCCUUUCGCUUUCUCUCUUGUGCUUGUCUCUAUCUCGUUCCUUAGGGACCCCAGGACCGCGGUCGCUCUUCGGGCCUCUCGGCGGGCGUGAAGUAAGAGGCGAAGCAAGGCGUGAUAUGGGGCGGGCGCCGAUGCGGUCUUGUGUGGGAACGCGACGUAUAUCAUCUCGAAACCUCCGCGGCGAGCAACGGCAAAGCCGGCCAGACGCCCAAGCUCCAUGAAAAAAGGUCUCCACGUCAACAAACCAACAAAAAAAAAGGGCAAAGCAAGCAUCCCCCUCUGUGCCGACAGACACCGAGGUUACCGGAAGCUUUAACAGCACCCAGACACCAAGACGAGACCAGACCGCAAGACAAGAGCGCGAGAGACCUACACCCCACAGCAUCAGCAUGGAACAGUCCGGUGUCUUGACCAAGAUCGUAGCGGGCGGUGUUGCGGGGGUUUCAGAAACGCUCGUCACCUACCCGGCAGAGUUCGUCAAGACGCGCCGCCAGCUGCACUUCACCUCCUCCACCUCCUCCUCCUCCUCCAACGGCGCGGCGGCGGCGACGGGUAGGCCGCCCAACCCGCCCGGCUCGCUCUCCAUCCUCCGCGACACAGUCGCCCGAUCCGGCGUGAGGGGGGUCUACUCGGGCGUCCAGGCCCUCGCGGCAUCCAACGCGGCAAAGUCGGGCAUCCGGUUCCUCGCCUUCGAGACCACGCGCAGCCAACUCGAUGCUCUCGCCGGCCGGGCCCCGGUUCCGGGAAGCGGCCACCAACGGCAGCCGCGCGCCGCGUGGAUCAACGUCGUGAGCGGCCUCGCCGCCGGCGUGGCGGAGAGCAUCGCCGUCGUCACGCCCGGCGAGGCCAUCAAGACCAAGAUGAUCCACGACGCGUCCUCGGGCGGGGUCGGCGGCGGGCGGUUCGCGGGCCGCGGGCUCCUUGGCGCCGUCGGCGUGCUGGUCCGCGAGGAAGGCCCGCGGGGCCUGUGGCGCGGGCUGACGCCGGUGCUGUGCAAGCAGGGCACCAACAGCGCCGUGCGGUUCACGACGUUCGCGAUGCUCCAGGAGCGCGUCGCCGUGUGGUGGCCCGCGCUGGACGGGAGCGUGGGCAGCACGCUUGUCUUGGGCGGCAUUAGCGGCGUCUUUACUGUGUAUGCGUCGAUGCCGUUUGACAACAUCAAGACGAGGAUGCAGAGCGUCGACGCGCGGUACAAGGGGAUGCUGGACUGCGCCGCGCAGACCCUUCGCGAGGACGGCGUGCUGGCGUUUUGGCGAGGCACGUCGCCGAGACUGGUCCGGCUGACUCUCUCGAGCGGCAUCACGUUCACGGUAUAUGAUCAGGUGGUGCGCUUGAUCAAGUCGGCCCAGGCAGACCGCGACGCCACUGACCUACAGCGCGUCUAACUAAGACUUGACGCCGGGGAAUGGAUGCUGCUGCUGCUUCGGACGGCGUCCUGCGGUGGUGGAUGCUAUUCAUCUAUCGCGCCGACCCGGACGCUCAACGGCUCUAUGGACGACAUGGUCUGGAAUACCUGCGGGUCGAUGGCGAAGGCCUCCGGGCCGAGUGUGUCGACGAAGGGGAAGUUGUAGAUCUGCUCGGGCGAACUGGUCGCCUCGGGGCCCGGCGGCAUGGAUGUGGGCGGCACGUUGGCCGGCCGGGGCUGCGGGAUGCCAUAGGUCGCCAUGGGCGGGAUCGCGUCCGUCUUGGGUAGGCCGAGGGCGCCGACGUCGAUGCCCAGGCUGACGAGCUCGCGGACGAUGAGGUUCAGGGCGCUGCUGAUGACUGUGGGAAACGUGUCAGUUGAGUGGUUUGCUGGCCGAGCAAUACGGCGGACUUCAUCAUCAUCUUCUUCUUGUGCUUCUUUUAUCUUCUCUUU